CUCCCACAGUAAAUUUCUUGGAAGCUUCUCACCUAAUUCAUUACUAUUUAAUGGCGGCAAUUUCUCAGCUGAGAAUUCACAUCCUCUUACUUCUAUCUGAAUUUGCAUCGCUCAUACUUGAAAACAUCCGUACCCUGAGCAUAAACUGUUUUGGCUCCCCGAUGAAUUGUCCUUGGACAUCGGGGUGUGCAUUCUUGAAAAGCAGCCAACUAUUUCCGUGGCACUUACUAAAUAGCCACACUUUUCCUCCUCAUCUCAGGAAUAGGAACACCUUGUAACAGAUAAUCUACUUCAAGUAAAAGACCUAUGAUUUUUUUCUCCAC